AUGAGCGCCAGGGGCACUUUUGACGCGCGCCGGAAGCAGCGAAGGGGCGGCGGCGGUGCCUCGCUGGAAGCUGCGUUUUCGUCGGCGUCCGUGUAUCCUCUGAGCUCCUGGUGAGGCUGGCCGGGCUUCUUCCCCCCCACCGCCGCUGAGGGACCCUCGUGGGGCGGGCUCUGCCUGCUAAGCCCCUCCGUUGGGUGACGGGAGCCUCGCCCGGGAUAAUCCAGUAGCAUCAUGGCUGCCCCAGAUGAGCUCAAGUUUCAUGAAUUCGACGAAGCCAUCGAUUUGCUGGCUGAGAACGCGGAUGCCACCACUCCUAGCAUCAGUGAGCGGCAAAGCCACACAACCGUAAACAUGUCUUCCGGCUACAAUGAGGAGCGUGAGGCAGAAGAGGAGGAUGAUAAAACAGAGCUCUUGAGUUCCCAGAAGAAGCAAUCCAGUUUCUGGACCUUUGAAUAUUACCAGGCUUUCUUUGAUGUUGACACAUACCAGGUGUUGGACAGGAUAAAGGGGUCACUGCUUCCGCUGCCAGGGAAAAACUUUGUAUGGCACCAUCUACGGAAUAACCCUGACCUGUAUGGACCAUUCUGGAUCUGUGCCACGUUGGUCUUCACGCUGGCUAUCAGCGGCAACUUGUCCAGCUUCCAGGAGAAAAAGGGCAGCCCCCAGUUCCACAAAGUGUCCAUUGCCGGAAUAAUUAUCUACUGCUAUGCCUGGCUGGUACCCCUUGCCCUGUGGGGCUAUCUGCAGUGGCGAAAGGGGGUCCAGGUCCAUGUGGACUCCUACACCUUCCUGGAGAUGGUGUGCGUCUAUGGUUAUUCCCUAUUUGUGUACAUCCCCACUGCGAUGCUGUGGCUCAUUCCUAUAUCCUGGCUGCAGUGGCUGCUGCUCAUCUUUGCAGUGGGUCUCUCUGGCUCAGUUCUGGUUCUUACCUUCUGGCCAGUUAUCCGCUCAGACACCAGGCUGGCAGCUUGUGCCCUGUUGGCUGUCAUUGUUUCUCUCCAUGUCCUUCUGGCUAUUGGUUGCAAGCUGUAUUUCUUCCAGAAUGCAACUGGCACACCUUCUCAUCCCACGCCAGCUGCUCAUUUCAGAAGCACACUGCCUCACCCGGCCAACCACUCCGAUACGCGUAUGUGAAAGGCAGCUGACAGUUUCAUCAUGAACGUCUGGCCUCAGGGAAAGCCCAUGGGCGAAGGAAAGUGCGCACUCAUUCAAGAGGCAAGGAGACACCUGAGCUGGAACAGGGACCAAGCUGCAUCACCUCACCAUUUCAAGACUUCUGUUUUCCUACUUCAGCCAGCCUUGUCACCAAGGUGCCCGAUUUGCAAAGAACCCCACUUUUGGAAACAAAUUUAAAGGCCUGGCUGUUAACACCACAAAACUUUGCUUGGGGUGGAUGCAGCUGCCUUUUGCUCCUUCAUCACAGGAUGGGCCUGCCGUCCUGACAGGGCUGCGGAAAGCGAUUGCAUGGAGUGAUUCUCUAUUGUUCCCCUUCCAGUUAAAUCUUUGGUAACGGCGGGAUGUAAUGGAGUCAGCAGGUGGCUGAGACUAUUUAGAUCCUCGGUGAGUAAGGGUAGAUUAUCAAGGAAUAGAAGUAAGAGCUUCUUUGGAGGGAAGCUUGAAUGAUAGGGAGGUUGAGCACUUCAGAUUACUUUGAUUUAAUUUAGCUACUUGAUUUUGUUUUCUAUGGAAAGCUAAUUUAAAUUAAACUGCCUUUUAAGAGGA